AUGAGGUCCAAUGGCGCUUCCGCAUUGCUGAACGCUUUCCAGGGGCUGAAGAUUUCCGCAUGCACCCCGUUGCGACAACUAAGGGCCCCGAUUCAGCACCAGUCCAAGGUCCUCAGUGCCGCUCUGCUCCAGAAUGGCAGGGCCUUUUCCACAAGCCCGGCCAGGAUGGGCACAUGGCUCGAGCCUAGCUUGAACCGAAAGAAGAAAAUGGCAAAGGGACGACCGCGAGUAGCGACGGGAGGGUCUACAAAGGGCACAACAGUCAUUUGGGGCGACUACGGACUGCGCAUGGUUGACCACCACCGAAGAAUCAGCGCCAAGUCACUAAAGAUGGCUGAGGAUACGAUCAAAGUGCGACUCCGAGGAGAGAAAUACCGACUUUACAAGAGGAAAUGCUGCAACGUUGGUGUCUACGUCAGCGGUAAUGAGAUGCGAAUGGGCAAAGGAAAAGGUUCUUUUGAUCACUGGGCCACAAGAAUGGCAGUCAGCCAAGUCCUGUUUGAGAUCAAGGGCCGAAUCCACGAGCAGAUUGUUCGAGACGCUUUCCGGUUGGCUGGCAAUAAGCUCCCAGGCCAGUGGGAAUUUGUGAAGAAGGGUGACGCUCCCGUCGUUGGAAUUACCAAGCUGGACGGUAUCACACUGGAGGAUCUUAAGAGACCCAGAAAGCAGCUUGCCCCUGAAGAGCUUAUUGAGGUAUCAACUUCUACAACAACCGCUGAAGCCGGAAGCACAUCUGCGCCGUCUGGGUCCUCAUAA